AUGCCUUACGCCCUCGUCAUCGACAAAGCCGAAGGUAAACCUGGCAAGGUCUACCAUCCUCUCAAGAACAUCGAGCAACCCGAGCCACAGCCCAAGGACAACGAAGUCGUCGUCAAAAUCACCGCUGCAGCGCUCAAUCAUCGCGACUUGUUCAUUCGACAAGGCCUAUACGGUGCCAUCGGUUUCGGCGUCCCUCUCCUCGCAGAUGGCUGUGGUGUUGUCGUGAAGACUGGCUCUUCGCCCGAGGCAAAGAGAUGGCAGGAUAAGCGGGUGGUGCUCAACCCAGGUCAUGGGUGGAAAGACGAUCCAGACGGACCUGAAUCUUCAAAGGGAUAUGCCAUUCUUGGCGGCACGAAGCUCAAUCCGUUGGGCACGGCCGUCGAGUAUCUCAGCAUUGAUCCAGCGGAGCUUGAGGAGGCGCCGAAGCACUUGACGAGUGCUGAGGCUGCUGCUCUGCCCUUGGCUGGAUUGACCGCAUGGAGGGCGACGAUAUCCAAGAGCCAGAAUGCAAAGCCUGGAAGGAACAUUUUGGUGACGGGCAUUGGAGGCGGUGUUGCCGUCAUGUCGCUGUUGUUCGCAGUCGCGGCUGGCGCGAACGUCUACGUGAGCAGUGGAAGUCAGGCCAAGAUCGAUAAGGCCAUCUUGCUCGGUGCGAAGGGUGGAGUGAACUACAAAGAGCAAGGCUGGGAGAAGAAGCUGCAGGCUUUGCUGCCUAAGGACAGGAAGAAAUUGGAUGCGAUCAUCGAUGGUGCGGGCGGCGACGUUGCUGAGAAGGGUGCAAAGCUGCUGCGGGACGGCGGCAUCAUCUCACAAUACGGCAUGACAGUAGGACCAAAGAUGUCUUGGAUCAUGCCCGACGUGCUCAAGAACAUCGAACUUCGCGGCAGCACAAUGGGCUCACGGAAAGAGUUCGCAGAAAUGGCAAAGUUCGUCAACGACAAAGGACUCAAGCCACUCGUUAGUAGGACCGUCCAAGGCAUCACGAAUCUCAAGGACAUCGACAGCUUGUUUGACGAUAUGAACAAGGGCACGCAGCUGGGAAAAUUGGUGAUUGAGAUCUCGCCGGAUUCGAGCAAGAGCAAGUUGUAA